AUGGUUGGGGAUCAGCCUGUAUGUCCACCUCAGCACCUACUGCGGGGCUGGGGAGCAGUGUUGCUGUCUCAGUGCUUGUCCUCCGUGUUCUCCCAGGUUCCGGAUCCUGAGCUCUUGCCCACAGAUCCCCCAAAGAAGCCGGACCCCAUCACCUCAGAGUCAGUUGUUUUCUGGGGGCUGCGGUUAUGGCAGGUCAUCGCCAUCUUUUCUGUGUUUAUUUUAGCAAUUGUUAUCGCUCUAUGUUGUAUAUUCAAAUGUAGAAUCCCGAGAACCAAGAAGGAAAUAGAGGCACGGCACAUGCAAAGACAGGCCGCCAAGAAAUACGCCAACACAUUAGAAACAGUGCCACCUCUGAAUGAGCUGACUGAGGUCCCAGGCUCUGCAAAAGCAGAAGUUAAAGAGGAGGUGACAACAGUCUCCGGGAAAGUGGAUGCUGAUAAAGGAGAGAAGAAGACCAAGGAGGGCAAGAAAGAGGGCAAGGAUGCCAAAGAAGGAAAAGGAGAUGAAAAGAGUGCGUCAACAAAGAAGGGUGAAAAAGGUGAAAAGGGAACAUCCAAGAAAGAUGCUGGUGACGGGAAAGGAAAGAAAUCUGGAGAGAAGGGAGAGAAAGUGGAAAAAGGAGGCAAAGGAGGCAAUGGAGGCAAAGGAGGGGCUAAAGGGGGAGCCAAGAAAGCUCAGAAGUGA